AUGGUGCGAACGACAGUUCGAAAUUUGACUUGGAUUUCUGCCGUUCUGUUCGCAACGUUGGUAGUCGUCCGCCAGCAGGUGGCUGCAGAGGAAGAAGGCGAUGACGGCUACGUCGAGCGGUCGUUCACUCUGAGAUCGAAAGACGCCAGUGCGUUGAUGACUCCUUUCGUUUGGGAUCUAAGCCAGAUGAUGCGCAUCAGCGCCACAUUCGAGACCAGAAGCCACUUCGGUGCACUGCUGCAGAUCACCGGCCGUAGCGAGGCUACCGGUAAAGUGCCAUUCAAGCUUUACGCCCAGAUAGAACACCAUGCCGUGUGGCUGACGAUGCUCGACGAAUUCCAGCAAGUCGUCGCAACGCUUCGAUCCAGAUCCGUCGAUGCCACCAAUGGAGAAAAGCACAGAAUCUCCAUUUCGGUGGUACUCGGAAGCUUCUUGGUGCUUCAAACAGAUACUGACGACCAGUCCGCAAAAAUUGGCAUGCUAAACUACACAACAUUAACGGUGGAAACCAUAUUUGGGGCAGCUAAAGGCAGCAUUGAGCACAGCGUGGUAGGAUGCAUUUCGUCGAUUUCAGUGGUUCUGCGCACGAGAACGUUUUACUUGCCGAUUUCGGAGUUGUCAGCUGGCACCUCUGAUGGCUGCCUGGACCUGUGUGCGUCCGCACCGUGUCAUCAUGUGUCAAAGAAUAAGUGUCAAAACUAUUUUUCGCAUUAUCGUUGCGACUGUUUUGAAACCGACUAUGAAGGUGACACAUGCGCUGACGAAGCAAGAACAGUUGACUUCAACGGUCAUCAGUAUAUUGCUUACGACACCGAAAGGCUGAUAGAGGAGCGGAGGGCACAUCGAAUAGCUCUUCGUUUUAAGGCUACCAAUAGAGGAAGAGGAGAAAUCAUGUCAGCGCUGCUUGGUUCGUUUAGUCAACCCGGGGAAACUAUUAUUUUACUAGUAUCUAUGCUGGAGGAUGGAACUAGCGGCGUUGGUUUUUCCGGUUGUAUGAAGCAAAUAUACGUUGGGCACCGGAACGUACUACUUUUGUCGAAGAGUCCAUACUUGACUAGUAGGUUCCCGCUCACGUACGGCUGUCAGACAUCCACGAAUGAAAUUGACGAAAAAGCACGCCAACCAACUACGUGCAAAGAGACGUUCUGUCAACAUCGAACGACCUGCAUUGAGGACAGUGGUACUCAAUGCGAUUGUGGAGAUACCAAAUACAUGGGACGGUAUUGCCAGUUUUCUUCUCUCUAUCGGUCGUGCCAAGAGUUGCUGGAUAUGGGCGAGACAAUUUCUGGAGUGUACCUGAUCGACCCAGAUGGAAGCGGUUCGGCGAAUGCAUCUUAUGUGUUCUGUGAAAUGGACCUGAAGAACGGCCUUGGCACUACGGUCGUGGAGCACAAUGUUCCGGAUGCAGUGACCAUUCGAGGCCAAAACGAAUUCUUUGACGCCGUCUACGAGAUCCAUUUUCAAACUUGUAACUGUGAUGGCAACGUCUCGCAACAAACAUUUGAUGAAGGCUACCUGUAUGGCGUUUAUUCCGGCUUGACUGAAGUCACCGUUCUCCAGAACAGUUCUGACGUUGAGGCGAACCUCACCCUUGGCCCUCUCCUAUGCACCGGAUCUCAUGGUCAUGACGAUGUCAUCCAGUUUAAGCGUCGCGGUGCGGUACUCGAAGAAACGGCGUGGCUGGGUCGAUCAAUGAGCUUCUGGUUUCGAACAAACAUUCCGGAAACGACUAUAAUCAGCCAACAGUCGUCGGACGAUCGAUACUUGGAAAUCGGAAUUUCUGAAGGUAACCGUGAGGCUGAUUUGUGCAGUCUGAUACGAUGCUACUCUUGUGUGAGAACCCUAACAACUUGA